AUGGCCGAUUUCAGCAAAUCCAACUCCUCGGGAGCGUCGAAUAAAAAACAGGCAUCUAUUUUAAGCUUCUUUAAAACGCAAGAUGUUAAGAUAAAGAGAACAAACAGUUCAGGAGAUACAAAUGGGAAUAAAUUGCAAGGGAUGACAGAUCUGAAAAAAACGGGAGAGAAGAAGAUGGGGGAGGAAGGCGAAAGCAGUUUGGUAGUUAAUCGUGACAGUGCUGAGACAAGUGUAGUGAUGAAGAUGAUGAAUAGUUAUGCAGCUAAUAAAAAAGAGGAAAAUAAAGAUAACAUGUGUGAAAAAGGAGGAGGAAUGGGAGGAGUGGGAUAUCUAAAUGUAAAAAAUGAUUCAACGAUGAUGAAAAAUGAAAAUGAAGAUAUUGAUGCAGGCUUCGCAACAACUGCACACGUAAAUUUAUUCUCUGAUGACAGUCAAGAUGCAAAUAGUAAGCUUAUUAAAAAUUCUUUGGAGAAAACAGUAAAUCAUAUGAAAGAAAAUUAUGAUAAGGAUGACUCAGACAAUGCAGAAUUGAGUACAGAUGAAGGAAUAAUUGUUAGGAAAAAGAGAAAGGUUAUAAUAGAUUCAUCCAGUGAAGAUGUACACGAUGAUGGAAUUAAUGAUAAAGGAAGAGGAAAUGAAAAGAACUCCAAGAGGAAUGUAAUAAUAAAUCGUGAAGGAUUGGGUGUAGAUGGUAAGUUAAACAAUUUGGUUUAUGAACCAAGUAAAAAUAACACAACAGAAGAAACAUUAUUCACAAAUGAUAACAGUAAUAAAGAAAUUAUGAAGAUUCACAAACGAAAGGGAGAAGACAGUAAGAAAUCGCAAGAAUUAGAUACGUUAAGAAAUAAAUUUUUAAGUAUUCCCAUAAGCUUAACAAAUGAUAAAUUUCGAUUAUACAUAGAACAAUAUUUCCUUUAUUGCAACACAUUUGAAUUUCCCAAAUGGGUUCAACCACAAUAUAUUCGGGAUCUAAAUUUGAGGACCCCUGAAGAUGCAGAUUAUGACAGUUCGACUAUAUGGACACCUCCACCAGAUCACCCAUGGGCAAUUGAAUACAAACAAGCUCAUUAUACGCCAGGAAUGCAACAAUUUUGGAAAAUAAAAUCUAAAAAUUUUGAUAAAAUAAUAUUUUUUAAAAUGGGAAGAUUUUAUGAAAUAUUUUACAUAGAUGCAUGUUUAAUGCAUACGAUUUGUGGAUUAAAUUGGAUGGGCGGAGAACACAAACCUCAUUUGGGUUUUCCUGAACAGUCAUUACAUUUUUAUGCAAAAAAAGUUAUUAACAGUGGUCAUAAAGUGGUUGUAAUAGAACAGAUGGAAACACCAAAAGAGUUAGAACAACGAAAUAAGGAAUCAUCAGGACCUAAAGAUAAAGCCAUAAAGAGAGAAAUUAAUGAAAUAUAUACAAAAGGUACCAUACUGCAUGAUAAUAUGCUAAGUUCUGAGACCAAAUAUUUAGUCUGUUUUCACUUUGAUGACAUAGAAGAUUUUGAUCCUACAGGCGCUGAUAUUAACAAUGGUAAUUCAGGUGGUUCUACUGAUUGUGCUUCAUCUACCGAACGAACAAUAAAAAGCAAAUGUAACUUUGGAUUUGUUGUUAGUGACAUAGCUACAUCUUACAUUGCAGUUGGGUAUUGCAAUGACGAUGAAUCUAGAAUCGAAUUAAGGACAAUUCUAGCACAGUUAUGUCCAGCAGAAAUUUUAUAUGCAUCUAAGAAUAUAAACAAAGAGGUUCUAUCUAUUUUUAAAAAUAUUCCAGCAGAACCUGAAUUAACAGCUGUGAGUACAUUUCCAAACAUAAUUGCAUCCCUAGAUGAGAUAAGAAAAUAUUUUGAGAACAUUCCUCCAAGUUUAGAAAUGUAUAAAGAACAGAAUAGUGUCAUUUGUGCAUUUGGUGGGUUCAUUGUUUAUCUUCGAUCCCUUUUAUUAGAUAAAAAAAUUUUUCGAUUCUGCAAAAUUGAGCAUUAUGAUUUGUUUAAGAAGGAAAAUUAUAUGGUAUUAGAUGCAACAGCGUUGAAGCAUUUAGAAAUAUUAGAAACCCAAUCUGGAGAAACGAAAAAUUCUUUAUACGAUUAUGUAAACAAAACAUGUACAAAUUUCGGAGCAAGAAAUAUGAGAAGAUGGAUUUGUAGUCCCCUACUUGAUUGUAACAAAAUUAAUGAACGAUUAAAUGUUGUCGAAUUUUUAAAAAAAAAUGAACAUAUCUUAUCUCUAAUCAGGCUAAAAUUGAAAAAAUUACCUGACAUUGAAAGAUUGCUAAACAAAAUAUGUAUUCAAGCCUCACAAAGUGAAAGAGGAGCUGUUUUUUUUGAUAAUAUUGUAAAUACAAAAUUGAAGGAAUUUAUGACCUUUCUAAAUGCCUUUAAAGAAAUUGGGAGUAUGUUAAUCGAAAUAAAUAGUAUAGAAAAAGAUGAAGAGGAAUUACCAAAACGAUUAUUUGAAAUUAGCAAUACUUCUGAUAGGAAAAGUUUAGUUAGUAAUAUACAAGGAAGUUAUCCACAUAUUGAACAAAUUACAAAUGAAUUUUUGAAAAAAAUAGACUUCGAUGGAGAUAAGGAAUACAAACCUGCUGAAGGUUGUGAUGAAACCAUUGAUUUGAUUAAUAAAAAAGAAAGGGAGGUAGAAAAUGAACUGAAUUGCAUUUUAACAAAUAUGAAAAAAAAUUUGAAAAUUUCAAGUCUUAAAUAUGUUCAUGCAAAGUAUAAGUAUGAAAUCGAGUGUCCAGAUAAUGUACCCAAAUCUUUUUUAAAGCAUGUUGAAAUAACAUCAGCUAAGAAAGGCUUUAUCCGAUUUCAUAAUGAAGAAAUAAAAAAUUGUGUCGACAUGUUAGAAGAUAUUGAGCAAGAAAAGAAGGAUGCAAUUUACCCUUUUUUUAAAAAAAUGUUUCACUUGUUUUAUGUCCAUUAUGAGAAGUACAUCUCUGCAUGCAGACUUAUGUCCGAACUGGACUGUUUGCAAGCCUUUGCCUUCGUUGCUUUGAACACCUCCUUUACCUUAACACGUCCGAUUUUGCAUCCUAUAAGGAGAGGCCCCUCAGAAGAAGCACAAGAAGCAGAAGAAGGAGAAGCGGAGCAGGAACCGAACCCCCAGGCCGGAGCUGCAUCUAUUGCUACCGCUGCCUCAUCUGCCACAUCUGCUACAUCUGCUACAUCUACUACUGUUUCCACUGCUGGAUGGGGCAUGCAUGGAAGAACCCAAGCUCCAAGCGAUGCACGAGAACCGCUGCUAAUACUAGAAAAUAACAUUCACCCAGUUGUAGCAACUCUGAUGCCAAACUUCAUAUCGAACAAUAUAUACAUGGGGUGCCAGCAGGAGAAUCAAACCACCUUACUUUUAACGGGGCCAAAUAUGGGAGGAAAAAGCACACUACUACGUCAGAUAGCCAUAUCUGUUAUUCUAGCACAGAUAGGAGCAUUUGUUCCAUGCUCUUAUUGUGAAUUGACUGUAGUUGACAAAAUAUUUACAAGACUAGGUUCCAGUGAUAAUUUAUUUGAAGGCAAAAGUACGUUUCUUGUAGAAUUGGAAGAUAUUUCAAACAUGUUGAAGCAGAGUACAAAAUAUAGUUUAACAAUUUUGGAUGAAUUGGGUAGAGGAACAUCAUCCUUUGACGGUACAGCUAUCGCCUUGUCAACACUUGAACAGAUAUCAGAUGUUGUAAAAUGUAGAUGUAUAUUUUCAACACAUUACCAUUUAUUAGUUGAAGAAGUUAAAUAUAAUAAAAAUAUAUCGAACUAUCAUAUGAGCUUAAGUAUAGAUGAUCAUCAAGAAAAAAUUAUCUUUUUAUAUAAAUUCAUAAAAGGAGUUUGUCCUAAAUCCUUUGGUAUCCAUGUUGCUAAAUUGGCUGGACUUCCAAAAGAAAUUAUUGAUUUGGCACGAGAAAAAUCGACUCUAUUUGAAAAUGUAACUGAUGAAUUCUGCAAAAUUAUCAAGUACAAAAGUAUUAUUCGCUCCUUGUUGAAUGCAUAUGAUGAUCAGAGUUUGGGUUCUCUCUUCUGCAAGUAUCGACAAGAAUUCUCUUCCUGA